AUGGCAACGUCGUGGUCCCCUCUGUCCCCUCUGUCCUCCCUGUCCCCCUUUUUCCUCUAUGCGCUCGGGAUGCUGCUCUUCACAGGUGCUGUAAAGUCUCAAUCUGACAACUACACAGAUGUUUUGAUCAGGCUGACGGAUGAAACAGUGACAGCAGUCAGCAAUGGAACAACUUUUAAUUUAACUUUGAAGGACGAAGUGGACAGCAAUGUAACUCUUAUUACAGAGGACAAUGAGGCGUUCCAGGACUGGGAGGAUAUUCUGCCGCCGGGAUUGUGCCACCGGGAGACCCUUCAUCACUUUAGUCAUGAUCUUUGUGUUCAAGUGUUUUAUGUGGAAAUGAUGAAUGUGAGUGAGGACAAGUGGUGCAGCAUGCAAGAAAUCAUCAGACCGUACAACGAGAUGACUUUGUGCCUGGAGCGUGUGUCUAGGAUACUGUUUUGUUUCUACCCUAACACUAUAGUUGAGGAGCUUUUUCUACAAACCCACUCUCACUUCUUUGGGGCCUGCUUCAGAGAUGAGUUCACAGACCCUCCUCCGGCUCUGCUCCUCACCCUGACCCUGCUCUCAGUCGCUCUGAUCCCAGUUCUGGUCUAUGUGGUCAUCUGCAAGAACCAAAAUCAAGAAUGCAACAAGACUUUAUAGUUUGCAGUGUAUAUGCUGUAUUUUUAUGUCUGUGGUUUUCUAUAUCAUAAAGAACACAAUUAUUAACAGUGCACAGUGUUGAACUAAUUAAUAACUGGUU